GGGGUCUUUUCUCUUUGUGUGUGAGUGAGAGGAACUGUGUCUGAGUGUUGGUGAAGUGCUGCUUUGCUGUUUAAGAAGCUGGUAGCGUAGUGAAAAUGGGGUGCUGCUGCAGUAAGGAACUGAGCCCAGGCCUGCUAAGUGAGAGGACCAGGCUGCUUCAGGCAUCAAGCCCAGAGGCGCUGGGGAUCAAACACCAGGACAGACUACACACUAAAGCUUUGGCUCAACAUGUGUCUGACGAAAUGGCUCAACACACAUGUGUACCGGACGGACCGGCCAAACGGAAACUUCAGGAACAGGAGAAGAAGAACAAUGUCAUCCCGGACAACGUGUCGACAGGCCCCAAGGCGAGGCAUAGCAGUGUCAGUGGCAUGCGGAGUGGGGGGCUACUCACUCCGCAACACUCACACGAGGAGGAACUGGCUAUUAUUAACGCCUCCACAGGCCCCAGCAUGGUCACACAGACAAACACGGACACACACACACACAUGGACUCGACGGAGGCAGGCGUGCCACACACAAAUGCUGCCAAGGCCAGGACCAGCUGUGGGAAUGUUCCAUAUUUGGAGGGGAGUGUGAAGAGCCCAUUAAAACAAAAGAUAGCAGAGUACACUAUGGAUAAUUCCGUUAGACAAAGGAUACAGAGCACCAUGGAGAACCCACCCAAACAGAAGAUGGAGAAGACAAUGGAGAACCUAGCGAAACAGAUAGAGAAUACCAUUCAGAACCCAGACAGACAGAGGAUAGAGAACACUGUGGAGAGCCCAGUGAGACAGAGGAUAGCGGAAAACGCCCUGCUCAGGUCUACUUGGUUCAACCAGACCCCGGAGCCCGGCCAGGAAGAGACAGAGGGCUGGAGGACCCCCCUGGUCGGAACAUCCCCAACCCACCAGCUGUAUAAUAUCAGAGCUGGGGGGGAUUCCACUAGAGUAGGAGCAGAGGAAGAUGAGGAGGAAGACUGUGUCAUCAGGGCAACCCUGGGGCGGGGUUUCAGGGCCAGAGCUCAGAGCUUCUACAGCAUCUGUUCCAUCGAUGCUGACGACCUCGACACUGACCAAUCCAACACAGAGGAACAGACAACCUUCAUCCAAUCACACACAGCGGAACCUACAGCAAUCCAAUCACACAUAGCCAAAACUACAUCCUCUAUUCAAUCACACGUAGCCGAACAUACAGCUUCUAUCCAGUCACACAUAGCCGAACCUACAGCUUUCCAAUCACAUUUAGAGGAACAUACAGCCUCUAUCCAAUCACAAGCAGAAAAACCUAAAGCCAAUGACCAAUCACACAGAGUGGAAUCUGCAAAGGCUGACCUAUCGCACAUAACGGAACCCAAGGCUUCUGAACCCAUGGCUUCUGACCAAUCAAAAACAGUUGAAUUUACAGCCAUCGACCAAUCACAAACAUUGGAACCAACAGCCUUUGACAAAUCCCACGGUGAGCCCCCCGAGGCACCUGUUCUGCCGGACCUUCUCUGGAGAAGCUAUGAGGACCCUCAGACUUCACAACAGGACAGCUCCAUCACCCCCGGAGACACCAGGACCCCACCACUAACUGGAGACAUUACAGAUCCCGACAUACUUGAGCUGACGUCACGCCAGGAGGAGAGUGUGUGUGUGAAGGACGAGAAUGUGUGUGUUAAGAAGACAGGUCUUUUGUCCACAGUGAAGACUGUUGAUAGCAGCCAGGAAGGAGAAAACACAAAGAGGGAUUUGAACCUUCAUGAUACUCAAAACAAUAUUCCCACCACCACAUACCCCUGCCCUCCUAACCCUACCCUUACAGAGGAGCAGCUCACACACAGCCCCAGCCUUAGCUCUAGCCCCAACUCCAGCCCCCUGCUUGGGGCAGUGGAUGGGGCCACAUGUGUAGAGGAGAUGGAGAGGAUUGAGGUAUACCAAGCUGUCUCAGUGAGGAUGAUCAGUGAGGGGCUGAAAGGAGAGACAGAGGAUGAGGAGGAGGAGGAGGAGACCAUACUCAGCAGCACAGUGGAAACCACACUAACAGAGGUAUCACCAGUCUCCACACUCUCUUCACUAUCCACAGUCUAUCCAGUCUACGCAGUGUCUCUACCCAUGGACUUUACUGUCCACUCAUUCAAAUCUGACCUUAGACCAGUGGAUAUGGAACAUAAAGUUGGAACAAAACCUGAUCAGUAUGAUAUUACUUCUGACAGCAACGCCAAGCCUGAUCAAAACACAACACAUGUGUAUGCUGGGAGACCUGAUAGGGAUGAUGUAAAACCUACUGGAAAUAACAGAAGCCCUGUUGAUGACUCAGAACUCACUGAUUGGCCAGUCCAGGCUGAGGAUAUAGUGGGAAGGUCUGCAGCAACAGAGAAGGAGCCGGAAACCAGUGUGGAACAGAAACACUGGCAGGAAAUGGCUGCCAUCACCAGUCCCCCCACAAGAGAGAGCAGCUAUCCUCAGAAUUGUAGAGAGGACAGAGAGAGCAACAAUCCUUCUCAGGGUUGGGAGGACAGAGAGAGCAGCAAUCUUUCUCAGGGUUGUGAGUACAUAGAGAGCAGCCAUAUUUCGCAGGGUUGUGAGGACAUAGAGAGCAGCCAUAUUUCUCAGGGUUGUGAGGACAGCGAGAGCGGCCAUCUCUCUGAGAAAAGAGGAGGCUCUACUCCUGUCCCUCAGGACCUGCCUAGUGGGGACAUUCACUUACAGCCCUGCAAAGGUCCUCCAUCCUCCUUGUCCCAUUUCCUUUCAAUAGGUUCAGAAUGGAGAGAUGGGAGGUUGAGUUCAGAGGGAGGAACUGAACCCACUGACUGCAGAAACCUGUCUGAGAAGAACACAGGAGACGGAACACACACGGAGGACAGAACACACGCGGAGGACGGAACGCACGCGGAGGACGGAACGCAUGCGGAGGACGGAACACACGCGGAGGACGGAACACACACGGAGGACAGAACACACGCGGAAGACAGAACACACGCGGAGGACGGAACACACGCGGAGGACGGAACGCACGCGGAGGACGGAACGCACACGGAGGACGGAACGCACGCGGAGGACAGAACACACGCGGAGGACGGAACACACGCGGAGGACGGAACGCACGCGGAGGACAAAACACAUGCGGAGGACAGAACACACGCGGAGGACGGAACGCACGCGGAGGACGGAACGCACGCGGAGGACGGAACACACGCGGAGGACGAAACACACGCGGAGGACGGAACACACGCGGAGGACAGAACACACGCGGAGGACAGAACACACGCGGAGGACGGAACACACGCGGAGGACGGAACACACGCGGAGGACAGAACACACGCGGAGGACGGAACACACGCGGACAAAAGGGCAGAGAUACACACUGAGAAUAGAAUAUCCCUCCUAGAGGAAUGUGUUGCAACAAACAGCCUCAGUAGCGUUUGUAGUGUAAGAACACAGUCUGACAGUAGUUUAGGGACACUCCCUGAGGACACUGAGUGUAGUAAUAUAGCAACAAAUGACAGUGUGUUUGUCACCCCUGUUUUCCCACCUGUGACAUUUGAAUUCAGCCCAUUUGAUGAACCCCUGAAGUUUGUUUCCCACGGCGAUGACUGCUCAGAUGUGAACUACCCUGUAGACGAUGCAACGACGGCAGAUUCCUAUUUGUUGGUGGGAGUGCUGGGGGUGGAGCCUGAUCAGAUUGACGUUUACGCCUCGACCCCCUCUUACCAGAUACAGUUCCUGGGUCAGGGGUCACUGGCUGUCACCACGGACAUGGACACCAUGGGGGUGAGAGGACAGGUCGAGGAAGGGGGCAUGAUAGACAUGGUGUCAGAACUGCUGGGAGAGGAAGGGGACCCCACCCUCUCUGGCCUCUAUCCCUCUCCCUGGACGCAUUUAGGGCCAGGGCUGGUAGAGGAAGAGGUAUGUGGAGGAUGGGCCCAGGGGCUAGCCCAGGGUAUGGUCCCCAGCCAGGGUGAGGGUGAGGAGGGCUGCGAGGAGGAGCAGCCCUCUAGCUCCAUGGCCCUGCUGGGAGUCUACCCCACCUACAGCACUCUUCUGCCUCAGGACUCUUGUCUCUGGGAAUGGCACCAUCAGUACCAGCCUAAAUCCACCCUGGUCUCUGAGCUCAACCCCAACGCUCAGGUAUGGGCCAAUCACAUGCUUAGUCUGGACCACUCAGGCCCCAUCUACACUGACUCCCGUCUACCAUGGCUAGCCGUUAACCAGGAAGGGUAUGACCAGGGAUAUGACCUGGAGGAAGUGGGCGAGGCUCAGCUGGAACCGAGCGUCGUAGAAUUCACAACGGUCACUAUGGGAAACCUGUCAACCAAUGGCCUGGUCCAGGACAGCUGUAUAUCAGAGGAGCUCAUCGAUCAACUGAAGACCUCACUGGAGUCCUGUCUUUUACGGGAGAACCUUGCCAACGACCUCUACCUCGUCUCCCAGAUGGACAGCGACCAGUUUGUUCCCAUAACAACGCUAGCCAACCUCGACCACAUCAAGAAGCUCAGCACGGACUUGGAACUCAUCUCUGACGUCCUCAAGUCCUUGCCGCUGGUGGAGGUGGCAGAAUGUGGGCAAAAGGUACGGCCCAAUCAGGGACGCUGUAUCGUCAUCCUCCGAGAGGUCCCGGAGACCACACCCCCAGAGGACGUAAAGGCUCUGUUUGCGUGUGAGAGCCUCCCCAGGAUCCAGAGCUGUGAGUUUGCCCAGAACGACAACUGGUUCAUCACCUUUAAAACUGAGGCUGACGCUCAACAGGCAUUUCAGUACCUGAGAGAGGAGGUGAGGACAUUCCAGGGAAAACCCAUCAAGGCACGGAUCAAGGCCAAUGUGAUGGCAGUCACAUCUUACGCUCCAAAGAAUGGCUACAGGCCCCGCGCAAUGGACUCCUGCACAAAUCAGCAGCCUUACAACCCAUACUACACCCCUCCCACUUUCCAGCAGCCCCUCCCACAGCUUUACCCAAUGACCAAUCAAAGCUUGGAUGCCAUGGCCGGAUACACGGACCCUGACCUGGUGAGAUGGACACACACAUACAGAUGCAGGUACAAGCGUUUUCUCUCACACUGGUGUCAUUGGUGUUGUGUACAGCAGAUGGCGUCAUUAUCUGGCUUCAUGAACGGCUUCCCAGGAGGCCCCAGCUUCAAAAUAUCCCCCUCAUACAGACACAGUAGGGGGCACCGUGGGCAGCGGGACCAGAGGCGGCGGUCUGGCGACAGGGAGCCGGGCCUUCUGGAUGACCCCCCCUUCUUCCCAGAGCAUGUACCAAUAGGACGCCCCCCUGGCCCCCACAGGCAGGGCCCGCCACGGUUACCAGGCAACAGGCGUAUGGAGGGAGAAGGGGGUCGACGUGGAGGGAGAAGGGAGUCAGGGUCCUCCCCAAGAACUGGCAUAGGAAGGAGAGGCCCCAUUGGUCAGAGGAGGAGAAGAGAUGAGAAGUACACUAGAGAGCCCCCCAAGUCGCCCCCCCGCUCCUUGUCUCCCAGUCUGGAGCUUGGCCCUACUAGCUUCCCCCCGCUGCCCCCAGCAACAGCCUCCAGAGAAACACUUACCAUAGCAACCUGCAACCACAAGUGUGCAGUUACAUACAGCAGUACCAGCCAACCAACCACUGUGACAUUACAAGACCUCCAGCCUAUCACAGCAUUGCCUCAGAAAAACCUCCCCCCAGAGAAGCUGAAGGAAACCAUGUCAUCUCUCAAGAGGACCACAGCAGCUCCUCCGACCGUGAAAGAACCUAUCCAGACCACGAAGGAAAACAGACUAGCAGUGGAGUCCAAGAAGCCAAGCUACGCUGAGAUCUGCCAAAGGAUACGAGCCAAUCAAACGCUUUGCGCAAACCCCAUUGACCACACCCCAUCCGGGGCGGAGCUUGCCCCAGCCUAUCCUGCACAGGAGUCUGACCAGGCUCAGUUACCACGGUGACCAGAGUGAGCUGGUUACUUUUGGUUGGGGAGGGCAAGAGGGGAGGAGGAGAGAAGAGGAGGACGUUUUUCAAGCCAAAGGAAAAAAAUCUAUAGCCCUUUAAUGUUGAGGUUUUCAUUUAUUUUAUUUAUAAAGUUUAGUUAGUUUUAGAAGCCAAGUUGUAGAACUCUUGUUUUUCUCUGCUGUCUGUCUGUCCGUCUUGUGUCUGUCUGUCUGUCUGACUGACGGAAGUCUCUGAAUUCUUUACGGUUUAAUAUUGAUUAAUUUAUUUUUAUGAAUAUAGAUUAGUAUUUAGACCAUCAGACAUACUUCUGUAUUAAUUCCUAAGUCUAAAUAACUUCCGCGGAACAGUUACAGUAACUACACGGGAACACACUGAAACAGUUACAGUAACUACACUGGAACACACUGGAACAGUUACAGUAACUACACUGGAACAUACUGGAACAGUUACAGUAACUACACUGGAACACACUGGAACAGUUACAGUAACUACACUAGAACAUGCUGGAACAGUUACAGUAACUACACUGGAACAUACUGGAACAGUUACAGUAACUACACUGAACACACUGGAACAGUUACCGUAACUACACUGGAAUUCACUGGAACAGUUACAGUAACUACACUGGAAUUCACUGGAACAGUUACAGUAACUACACAGGAACACACUGGAACAGUUACACUAAGUACAAACAGCCAGACACUGAGUGCCAAGAAGCUAAAAAGCAAUGAUUUCAUAUCAAAAUUUGUUUCUGCAUGAGUUUUAGAUGUAUUUAUUUACUGUUUUAUUUAGAUGGGAUGUCUUGUGUGUUUAUUGGUUUGUGUUGUUUUGAGUUUGGAGGGUGGGUGUCUGUUUAGAAGAGAAACAUCUGAGGUGGAUAUUGAUAUGUGUACAUACAACACUGUUAGCAUUAACAACUUUAAUUUGAUUUGGAAUCUGGGGUAGCUGGAGGGAGAGGGUGGGGGAUGUAGAUAAAACUUCCAGUUCGCAUGUCCUAUGUUUGAGAGAGAUUAACUGUGUAAAUGUGGUUAAUCGAUACAGAAUAUUCUAUUUUUUUCUGUACAGAUGUAAAUAAUUUGACUAUUAUUAAAUAAGUGCCUUUAAUAAUAAACAAUUGAAAACUC